AUGGAGGACGACGCCAACUUCCAGCUUGACCCAUGGGAACUCCCACCCUACUUCCUCUUGAGAAAGAACAAGUGGAAGAGCCUGCGGACGCAUUCUGGGUACUGGAAAGAGAGAGAAGAUGAGUUCAUCGCCAUCCGUUCUGGAGAUGAUUCCUCCUCCUCCUGUUCCCCCUCUUACCACGGGCUUAGGAGGACCCUCGAGUUUUACCUCAACGACGGCACCGGCGGAGAAGGCACCAAGACGGACUGGCUCAUCCACGACUACCAGCACCUUCGCAAGGACGCUCGAGACAAUGUUUGGAAGCACUUCACCAAGAUACGUACCAAUGAUCCUGAUGUGGUGUACGCGGCGUGCCACCACUGUGACAAAGUUCUCAGGGCUCAUCCCAAGAAACAGGGCACUUCUCGGCUUCCAAGGCACAGGAACAGUGCCAAAUGCCGCUCAAGCUGCAACAAUCCUUCGACCGAUGAGGACUGUGAAAUGCUGCACCGCCUCCGUACAGUGCUUGAUCCGUACAACCAACAGAAGAUAGAAGGGAAGCUCGAGUGUCAAGAGGUGAACGCCAACCUCACCCAGCUGAAGCCAUGGGUUCUCGGUAACAACGCCUGCUACGUCACGACCUCAUUGAACUGGCAGACAAAUGAAGGGUGCUGGGAGGAGAUAGAUAAGGAGUUCACUGCGAUCCGGACGGAACAGCAACAAAUGCAGGGGUUCUGGAAGGAUAUAGAUAAUGUGUUCACUGCUAUCCAAAACGAUUAUCAGAUGCAAAUGCAGGUGCCACAGUACAUGGGGCUGAGGAGGACCCUAGAGUUUCAUCUCAAUCAGAACAGCAACAAGCUUAAGACGGCCUGGAUCAUGCUCGAAUUCAAACAGGGGGACAUGGUAAUUCGCAAGGUAUUCCGCUAUGACAAAGAUGCGGUCACCGCUAUUUUCAGUGACUUGGACAGGAGACUGAAUGGUGACAAUGACACUAAAGGGUACUACAACGGUGAAGGCGUAAACAUGGACUCUACCCUAUCCAGUGAUUACAUGCACGGUAAGAGUGAUACCAAGCGCAAGAGAACUGCUGCUUCCAACGGCAAAUCAGAAGUUUGGAUGCACUUCACCAAGUGUGCCACGUCUGUGAUAGGGGGUACAAUGGUCACUCUAAGAAUGGCACCUCUCACCUAUGGAGGCAUAAUAAGAGCUGCGCAAACAAGUGCUGCAGGACAGAAAAAUGCAAAUGACGCCACUACUGAAUGGGAAGCAGAAAUCUGGCCACUGUUCCUAGUCUGGAAGAACUAUGGAGGUUGUGACAUGUGUUCAUUUCAAAUCAAGGACAUCUUCAGUUUAUUUUUAGUAUGUUUGUCUCUGUUAUACAUACUCACACUUGUUCUCUGUUUCAGAAACAGAGCAUCAGCCAUCAGGGACGUGCUGAAGCUAGGAGCACUGAAGAUGGCCCGGCUGGUUGAUGAUAGGUGGAGUGGUGGUAAAUAA